GCUCUGUCGGUGGUGAGCGACGACCAGUCCCUCUUUGACUCCACGUACGGCGCUGCCACUCACCUCCCCAAGGCAGAUAUGACAGCCUCAGGGAACCCUGACUAUGGCCAGCCGCACAAAAUCAACCCUUUGCCUCCUCAGCAGGAGUGGAUUAAUCAGCCUGUCCGGGUCAAUGUAAAAAGGGAAUACGACCACAUGAACGGAUCAAGGGAGUCCCCCGUAGACUGUAGUGUGAACAAAUGCAGCAAACUCGUCGGAGCAGGGACGGAGUCCAACCCAAUGAGUUACAGCACCUACAUGGAUGAGAAGAACGGGCCUCCUCCCAACAUGACCACCAAUGAGAGGAGAGUCAUUGUCCCAGCAGAUCCCACCCUGUGGACCCAGGAACAUGUGCGCCAGUGGCUGGAAUGGGCUAUAAAGGAGUAUGGAUUAAUAGAGAUUGACACCACCAUCUUCCAGAAUAUGGAUGGCAAGGAGCUCUGCAAAAUGAACAAGGAUGACUUCCUCCGAACCACCUCCGUCUACAACACAGAAGUUCUGUUGUCUCACCUCAGUUACCUCAGGGAAAGUAACAGCCUUCUGAGCUUUCUGGAAAAGCAUACCACAGCAGCCCGAACAGGAAUGACCACAUUAUGGUUAGCAUUGAGGUUGGGAGUCUUAGAUUCAGACCUUUCUAAGACUUCCUGUGCAACCACAAGCGUGUCCAUAGUUUCCAAAUGUCUCCUUGCCAUCUGUAAAGUGGAG